AAAAGAAACAUUAAAAUAAAACGAGAAACGAGAACAUGUGUCGCCAUGCGGUGCGAGAUUGGCUCGUCCAACUAACAAUGGAGAAAUAUAUGCUGCGUAUGGCGGAUCGGGGCUACGACACCAUAGCCAUGUGCAAGCUACUGACGCCUUUUGAUCUGCUCCAAAUGAACAUCACAGAUGAGUCGCAUCGAAAGCUGCUGAUGGAUGGAGUGCACAUGCUUCGCAAUUCAGCAGAGCAAUUUAUUUGCUCUGAGCCGUGCGAGCUGCACGGGGAUGAACUGAAUAUGGAUCUCUUUAAAACUGCGGAGGAUGAUGAGUUGGAUGCGAGGGUCAGUUUCUAUGCCAUAGUGUUGAAUGCAGAUAUAUCAGCCGGGGAAGAUUGGUCGGCAGAUUCGAUUUCAAUUGAAUCAUCACUGCCCCCCUCACCGCCACCAACGUCUAGAUCAACGUCAUUGCCGAAAUUCGAAUGCAAGCAGCUGAUAAGCAAAUCCACGCAGCCCACUCUUUCCAAAUCAAAGUCGUGGCCAAAAUUCGAACGCAUGCAGUGGUCCGAACACUAUGAGCCAUCAUUCAAGUCAAUGGCAUCCGAAAUGCAUUCGCCAAAGGCCAACGCAGGUUAUAUUUGUAGCGCGUGUCCACACUUGAAGUUUCCAACUGCAUCGGCUCUAGAGGAGCAUGUUGCAGAUGAAAGCAAUGGAGCCGAACCAAUCGAGCAUGAAAAGGGCGAGCCGCUAGUGGAAUAUUUUGAAAAACUUGUGAUCGAGGAAAUCGAUAGCGAUUAACUCAAUCAACUGCAAUUGCUUCAAUUUUUUUUUUUUGUAUUCUAGUUGAGCAUAAAUUGGUUGUUUAUUAUUUGUGAAUCAUUUAA